AUGCCGUUCCUGGCGAAAGAACAUUUCCCGCUGUCUCACGAGGACAUUUUGUCCUGGACUUUCGACCAUGUCAAGUAUGAUUGGGACAAGCCGAUUUACAUUGAUGGGCUGGAUGAUAAGAGGUCGAUUUCUGCGCGGCAGGCGAAGAAGAUGGUGAGACAGCUUGCUGCGGGGUUCAAGGCCAUUGGCGUCCAGAAAGGCGAUUGUGUCUCGAUACACUCGCUGAACGACAUCACAUACCCGAUCUUCUUUCUUGGAGUCAUUGCUGCGGGAGGAGUCUAUGCUGGUACCAACCCGGCAUAUACGGAGCAUGAGUUGACACAUACAACGAAGAUCGCCAAAGCGAAGUACAUUCUCACACAACCUGCAUUCCUACCCAACAUCCUCAAAGCCGCAGCAGCCAACGGGAUCGAUAAGAAGAAUAUCAUCAUAUACAACCCUACAGGCGAGAAGGCGCCAGAGGGCUUUCUGCAAUGGGCCGACUUGUUCAAGCAUGGCGAAACAGACUGGGUACGAUUCAACGACUACGAGACAGCAUACCGAACAGGAGCAGCGAGACUAUACUCUUCCGGCACAACUGGUCUUCCCAAAGCCGCUGAACUAUCACACCUCAACCUCACCGCACAGCACAUGCUGGUGUACGAGACGAAUCCGAAGCCGUAUGAAGUUCGACGCUUUCUGCCCUUGCCCAUGUUCCACGCAGCGACAGCUCCUAGCGCAUUCUGUACGCCUCUCAGAAAUGGCGAUGCGGCCUAUGUUGUUCCACGAUUCGAUCUCAAGACGUGGUUCUGGGCACACGAGCACUAUAAGAUCACCGACAUGGGAGUCGUUCCUCCUAUCGCAGUCCAAGUAAUCAACAGUCCGAUGGCGAAGCAAUACAGUCUCAAGUCAUGCAAAGUAGCACAAUGCGGAGCAGCACCUCUAGACAAGGGCCCUCAAGCCCGACUUCAAGCCCUUAUGGCUCCGGGUGCACCUUGUUCGCAAGUCUGGGGCAUGACAGAAACCUCCUGCAUCGCAACCCGAACCCCCUACCCAGCCAACGACUCAACAGGAAGCGUCGGCAAACCCCUCCCAAACCUCGACACCAAACUCGUCGACGACUCCGGCAACGACAUCACAGCCUACGACAUCCGCGGCGAACUCUGCGUCCGCGGUCCCACAGUAAUAAAAGGCUACUUCGAAAACCCCGAAGCCAACGCCCGUGACUGGGACUCCGACAAUUUCUUCCACACAGGCGACAUAGCUUACAUCGACAGCAAAUCCGGAAACUACUACAUCGUCGACCGCAAAAAAGAACUCAUCAAAGUUCGAGGUUUCCAAGUCGCUCCUCCAGAAUUGGAAGGUGUGUUAUUGUCGCAUCCGGAAAUUGUUGAUGCGGCUGUGAUUGGGGUUCCGGAUCCUGUGAGAGAGGGGGAUGAGUUGCCGAGGGCGUAUAUUACGAGGAGGACGAAAGAUGGGGCGCCGACGGAGGAAGAGGUUAAGGCGUUUGUGAAGGAGAAGUUGGUGUAUUAUAAGCAGUUGGAGGGUGGGGUGAAAUUUGUGGAUACGAUUCCGAAGAAUGCGAGUGGGAAGAUUUUGAAGAGGUUGUUGAGGGAGCAGGCGAAGGAGGAGUUUAAGGAGGGGAAGAGGAGGGAGGGGGCGAGGUUGUAGGACUGUUCUGUUGUUCUGUGUUGUAGAGGCU